AUGGAAUGUAUAUCUUGUGAUUGGAGUUAUAACUUUUACUCAUCUCCUGCAAUAAAAAAUAAACACAUUCAAGAAGUCAAUGUACGUGCUGUAAUGAGUUUUCGCGAAAUUGGUUGUGGACAUGAAGCUUUAAAGACAUUUGCUGGAUGUAUGAAUAUGCAACCUCCAAUGACUUUUAAUUCAUAUAAAAACAUUAAUAAUCUUUUACAUAAUGUUUAUGACUCUGCUUCAUCUAAAUGUAUGAAAAAAGCUGCAAACGAGAUUAGAACUUCUGCAAAUACUGGUUCUUCAAUACAUCAACUUCCAGUUGAUUGUGAUGUCAGCUUAGAUAGAACAUGGCAGAAGCGAGGAUAUUCUUCUUUAAAUGAGUUGUGCUGUCUGGAAGAAAAAAAAAAUACUCUUGAAUAUGAACAUUGGAAAGCAAAUUACCGUUGUGAUAUUAACCACUCAAAAUCGUCCGGAGCAAUAGAAUCCGCGGGAGCUAUAGAAAUAUUUCACUCAUCAGUUGAAAAAUAUGGUUUAAGAUACGCACACUACAUAGGUGAUGGAGAUACUGCCUCAUUUAAUGAUGUAGUACAGCCUAAACCAUAUGGUGAUGAGUUGACUCCCAUUAAAUGGGAAUGUAUUGGCCACAUUCAAAAGCGCCUUGAUGCACGCCUGCGCAACAAAAGAAAAGAGUUAAAAGGUAAAUUGCUCUCUGAUGGAAAAAAAAUUAAUGGUAGGGGUAGGUUAACAGAUUUAGCAAUUAACACUUUGCAAAACUUUUAUGGGAUGGCCAUAAGGCAGAAUAAAGAACUACCCCUAAUGAGGCAUGCAGUUGGUGCAGUUUUAUAUCAUUGUUCUGACAUAAAUUCAGAAAGUCGCCAUUUGUUUUGCCCUCGAACAACAAAGAGCUGGUGUAAAUGGCAAAAAGAUAAACUUGAAGGUAAAAUACCUACAAAGCACAUUUAAAUGGCUAUAAAAAAAGAAAUUGAAGGCAUCUUUAAAGAUCUUGGCUCUGAAGAUCUUCUGAAAAAGUGUUUACAUGGGUUUACCCAAAACCCAAAUGAAGCUUUAAACCAAUUAAUUUGGAAUAAGUGCCCAAAGUCUUGUUUUGUGUCAAGAACUGUUUUAGAGAUAGGAGUAUAUUCUGCUAUCAUAAAUUAUAAUGAAGGUGUUAUAGGACUUAAUCGUGUAUUUAAACUAUUAAAUUUGACUCCUGGGAAAUACUUUUUUUUGUAUGCAACAAAAAAGGACAGUACUUGUAUCAAACAAGUUAGUAGUAAAAUAAGCGAAAAAAAGAAAAAACAGAGGAAAAGUAUGAGUGCAUUUAAAAAAGGAUUCUUUGACAAAGAAAAAGAGACAGAGGGUGAAACUUAUAGUUCUGGGGCACACUAGUUUCAUGUUUGUAUACUAUUUAUUUAAUUUUUAAUUUUGUUUUUCAUUUUUCUCAGAAAUAAGUUUUUGUUACGUUCACUUAAAUUCAAACAACAGUUUUUAGUACUUCUGUUUAACCGAUUGACUUGAAAUUUUCACAGACUUUUCUUUAAUAUUGGAACUAGGUUCUGAACUAAAAACAACUAUUUAGAACAAAUGGAUCUUGUAUAAUCGCACUUUGAUUUGCUAAAAUGACCUUAUUUUUCAAUGCUCAAAAAUAAUUGUCAGCCAUUAUGGAUUAGUACCUUUUCAAAUUUUGAUUUUAGUUCAGAACCUACUUUACCACUUUACCUUUAUGCUGUCAAAAUUUGGUUCAAAUAUUAUUUACAGAUUUUGAGAAACUAAUGUUUAAAAUUUGAUACUUUUUUAAUAAUUUUUGC